AUGAACAAGACAAUGCUAGGCUGCGCCAUAUUUUUUCAGAUGUUUGCGGCGAUCAACCUGCUGUGCGGCAUCGCUGAGGCCCCCAAGCUUUGCACCGGCGGGGUCUUCUGGGGACCCAUGCUCGCCAUCGCCCUCUUCCUCAUGCUCGUAUGCAUCUCGAUGAUCGUCGCCGCCCGCCUCAAGUUCUCCGACCUCUACGUCUGCUAUCUCGUCGGCGUCUCCAUCGUAAUCCUCGCCCUCCUCGUCUUCACUAUCUUCGGUUUCGUCGCCGUCGGAGGCAUCGCCGGCUCCGGCGGAUCACGAGUCGGCGAGGAGUACAAGCUGGAGGAGUACAGCGGGUGGCUCAGGGACCGUGUGGCCGAUCGGCGGUACUGGGAAACAGCCAGCGCGUGCCUCCGCCGCGGAGAUGUGUGCAAUGGCAUGGCGCAGCUGAUGCGCGACCCGGACACCGGUGCCUUCGUGCCCUGGCUGUCAUCCGACCAAAGAUGGGAGCAGGACCGCGGGGCGGACGUGCACCAAAUGUCACCUAUUGAGUCUGGUUGCUGCAAGCCACCAUCAUGGUGUGCAUUUACAUAUGUGAAUGGAACGACAUGGACACCAACACCAGAUGCCCCCGCCAACGCCGACUGCAGCAGGUGGGGCAAUGACAAAGAAACACUGUGCUUUCAGUGCGACUCAUGCAAGGCAGGCUUCCUCCACCACACCAAGAGGGCAUGGGGUCCUGCUGUCAUAUUUCCCAUUGUCACAUUGGUCUUUCUCAUCUGUGCAUGCUCUUGUUUGUUCUCUGGUGAUGAUUAG